AUGGCUUGUCCUCCAAAUUGUUUCUCUUUCAACAAAUGUGCCCUUUGCUCCUUAGAUUGUAAAACUUCUGUAAGUUUUAUGCAGCAUUGUAUCAAUUCGCAUUCCUUUGAAGUACCGGAACUACGAGCUUUGUACAAUGUGAGACCCUUAUAUUUCUAUGGGAAAAAGGGCUUAGUUAUUAAAUUCUUGGAGGAAUGUGCCUCAAGCUCCUCCAUUCGGACUGAUUUGAUUCUCACAAUCCUUUAUGAAGAUCCAUCAGCUGUAUCAUGUUCCUAUUCUAUUGAAGACGAACGUGUUUAUGUUAAAGCUGUGAGCUUGGCUAAGUAUUUCAGGACAGAGAUGAAAAAAGCAACUACUUCUGAAGACACUCAAGUACUGCGAACUUCAUUGGUCGGAAAGGAACUUUUCCCUUCGUCGUCAGAAGCCAAAGAAUGUAAAAACCUUUUAACUAGUAAUCGUACGACUUUCAUGACUCCCAAGGAAUUAGAAGAGAUCUCUGAAUUAAGAAACAACUGUUGUACCUGUACGAACGAGAUAAAGUUCGUGUCAAAUCGCUUGGCUAAAAUUGAGGAGAAAAGUGUCGACCUCAUGCUGACUUUGAGAAAUUACUUGGACGUUACGAAUACUCCUUCAACCUCCAAGAAAAUGCCAGGGAACGGCAAUGAGACAUCAGACCCUCGUCGUUCCAAAUCCAUUGAACACUUUGAUGGUGAUGAAUUUCUUUCUGUCCCGACCGAUCCUUACUUGGAAGAACAGCCUGAAUCCUCGUCGGAUGAUACUGAUAGGCACAGAGUAGGAAAAAGGAUUUGUAUACGAAAUGAAACUGAAUAUGAGGAUGAGUUAUCGCAAGCGUCAACAGCAAACAUCUCAGAAAGUAGUACAGAGGAAACCCCGUCUGAAGAGGGGAGCAUGAUGGAUUCUGUACUUCUCACAAGGUUACUAAUAUCGAAUUGGUUAACUCAGGGACAACCCAGGGUUCGGGAAAAUCAAAUUUACCAUCCUGUGGAAGACAGAAUAAUGAAGAACGACGAGCUCUGCAAAGCAGUAGCGAGAAUGAUUUUGCUCAAUCCGGAAAUGAUAAUUGAUCCGAAUGACUUCACAGCUCAGUUGAACUCUCGGUGGUUCCAGUUUGUCAGUUUUCACACAAACGAAAGUGUUCAAGAAAUUGGUGAAGGACGGGUUGUUACAGAAAUCCAAAGAUCUAUACUUCAAGAUUAA